AUGCCAAAGCGAUAUGAGAUGGAGCUGACUGAGCCUGAUUCCGAUGCGCCUCGUGACAAACGCAAGGGCAAACGCAAGCAUCGACAGCUAUGCUAUAAGCCCAACAUAGUAGUCCCCAAGAAGGACGCAGCUGCCGCUGCUACCGACGACUUGGAUGAUGAUACGGACCCUGAGGAUGAUACAGAUGAUGAGAUAUUGUCAGGGGACGAGGAGGAUGACUACUCCCCUGACGGCAGGGCCCUCAUCGUUUGUAUGGAAGAUCACUGGCAGCGGAAGAAAGAGGCGGAGCCAUAUGUGGACCCCAAGUGGUGGGAUCCAGUCAACACUGUCCGCGCUGCAGACUCCCUGAAGGGUGACUGGAAGAACUUCCUGCGCUACUACGAGGGUGCGACCGGCACCAAGAUCGACGCAUUGCUGAUGCAGCUGACGCAGAAGAGCCUUCGAUGGCUGGCCAAGAAGCACAGACUGGACACGCAGGAGAAGGAGAAGACCCCGAUCUGCCUCUACAACCUGCUGAGCCUCUUCACACUGAACUGGAAAAGCACCAUCCUCACCCUGUGA